AGGUCAUCAUGCCAUCUACGUUGGUGUCCACGUUCCACACAAUGAGGAGCAGCAACAGAAAAACCACCAUCACCACCAUCACAAGCACCGCCACAAAGGCAAGAGUAAAAAGAAUGGCAGCUCCCACAGCAGUGCCAACAACAGUAGUUCCACUGCAGAUGCAUUCUUUCCAAACAGCGACCCAGAUGCAAGACCAGAUGCCCUACUUCUGGAUAAAAACGGAGAUGCUUCCCAGAGAGUGAAAUUCAUCCUGGGUGAUGAAGCCGAUGACGGUCAUGAAUCUCAUGAGAUCUUCACAGAGAUGGAGGAGCUGUGCUAUGGGUCAGAUGGAGAGGAGCUGGAAUGGAAAGAGAUGGCGAGGUGGAUAAAGUAUGAGGAGGAUGUGGACGUGGAUGCAGACCGAUGGAGUAAACCUCACGUAGCGACACUGCCUCUUCACAGUCUGUUUGAACUGAGGACUUGCCUGAUUAAUGGCACAGUGUGUCUUGACAUGGAAGCAGACAACAUUGUCCAGAUUGCAGACCUUGUCCUGGACAAGUUGAUCAUGUCGGAGCAGUUGGAUGAGAGCAAGAGAGAGCAGGUCCGGGAGGCGCUCCUGCGCAAGCAUCAUCAUCAGAGUCAUAAGAAGCAUCGGGACAAGAGAGGGAGCAGUCUCCUUCCCAUGAUCAGAUCUCUGACGGACAUCGGGCGUAGCCUCUCGCAAGGCGGCGCACAUAAUACAAGCAUGGAACAGCAAGCAGCUGCGCAAAGUGGAAUCCAGACCUCCCACGGGUCAUCCCCCAACAUCCAGAACAGCCAAACCUCUCCCAGCUCCCUCAUGGUGAAGGGUAACUCCGGUGACCUGGGCAAGUCAGAAACCUCGGGCAGUCUUCCCAAGGUCUCUAGUCAUCACAGUCUCAAGAAAAGAUUGAGUGAAGCUCGUCUCUCCAUCCCGCACAACCUCGCCGGACAUAGUCUCUCGGCAAGGCACAGUUUCAUGAGGAAGAUCCCUCAAGGCGCAGAGGCCUCCAACGUCCUGAUCGGCGAGGUGGAUUUCUUGUCGCGUCCAAUCAUCGCGUUCGUGCGUCUCCAGUCGGCGGUAUCCCUCGGUGAUCUGACGGAGGUCCCCAUCCCGACGAGGUUCCUCUUCAUCCUCCUGGGCCCCCAGUCUGGGGAGACCAAGCGGUACCAUGAGAUCGGCAGAUGCGUCGCAACGCUCAUGUCAGAUAAGGUUUUCCACGAUGUUGCUUACAAGGCCAAAAGUACUAAGGAUCUUCUCGCAGGCAUUGAUGAGUUCAUCGACUCUGUUACAGUUCUUCCACCCGGUGCAUGGGAUCCCAACAUCAGAAUCGAGCCCCCCAAGGUAGUGCCCGAUCAGGCCAAGAGAUUGUCCCACUUCCAGACUCCCAACGGCCACGCAGAAGGGAUAGAUGAAGAAGACGGAGGAGGAGGAGGAGGAGGAGGGCAUAAUGGAGAGCAUGAAGGACUCGAGAGAACUGGAAAGAUAUUUGGUGGUCUGAUACAGGACUGCAAGCGUCGCUUCCCAUUCUACUUGAGUGACUUCAAGGAUGCCUUUCACCUGCAGUGUCUGGCUUCGUUCAUCUUCAUGUACUUUGCUUGUAUCACCCCCGUCAUUACGUUUGGAGGACUGCUAGGAGAGGCAACAGAAAACAGAAUGAGUGCGUUAGAGGGUCUACUUGGGGCUUCCAUCUGUGGUGUGGCAUUUCAUCUGUUCUCGGGUCAACCUCUCACCAUCUUAGGUUCAACGGGUCCUAUUCUAGUCUAUGAGAAGAUCUUGUUCGGCUUCUGCAAGACUCAAGAAUUGGACUACCUAUCGUUUCGUUUCUGGAUCGGUCUGUGGACGAUGGUAUUUUGUGUAAUCCUGGUUGCUACGGAUGCCAGUUCUUUUGUGAAGUACUUCACCCGCUUCAUCGAAGAGAGCUUCUCAAGUCUCAUCUCCUUCAUCUUUAUCUAUGAGUCUGUUCAUAAACUGAUGAAGAUCUACAAAGAAUAUCCAGUAGCAAGAUAUGCAAACGAUAACACGACGUAUGAAUGCAUGUGCCAGACGGCGACAGGCCUGUUUGAGUACGACGAAAAAGACUUCUACACGGAAUCGAAAAUAGACUGUGAUAGCCUGAACGGUACGCUGGUGGGUAACUGGUGCGGGAAGCAUGUCCCGCAGUCUGAUAUCUUCUUCAUGUCACUCAUCCUCAUGCUGGGAACGUUCACCAUCGCAUAUAGCCUCAAGGAAUUCAAAACCACAGGGUACUUCCCAACCAUUAUAAGAACGACGGUGAGUGACUUUGCUGUUCUCAUUGCUGUAGUGAUCAUGGUUGGAGUGGAUAGACUGUUUGGUGUUGAUACGCCUAAACUACUUGUCCCAUCAGAAUUCAAGCCCACGUCUGACUUGCGUAAGGGCUGGUUCAUCCAUCCUUUCAACGGUAACGGUUGGUGGACGGUGCUGGCUGCCAUCAUCCCGGCUCUCUUAGCAACCAUCCUCGUCUUCAUGGAUCAACAGAUCACUGCUGUCAUCGUCAACAGGAAAGAAAACAAGUUCAAGAAAGGACUUGGUUACCAUCUGGACCUGUUGGUUGUUGCCGUCAUGUUGGGUAUCUGUUCUAUCAUGGGGUUGCCAUGGUUUGUUGCUGCCACUGUUCUCUCAAUAAACCACGUCAACAGCCUGAGGGUCGAGUCGGAAUGUAAAGCGCCGGGAGAGAGACCCAAGAUUGUCGGUUGCAGAGAGCAGAGAGUGACGGGUGUUAUGGUCUUCGUCAUGAUAGGCUUGGCUACUCUCAUGACUAAGAUUUUAUCUUAUGUACCAAUGCCUGUUCUGUAUGGAGUGUUUCUCUUCAUGGGUAUCGCAUCACUGAAAGGUGUUCAGUUUGUGGACCGUCUAUCGCUGUUCUUCAUGCCUCUCAAGUACCAACCAGACUACAUCUAUCUGCGUCACGUCGGCAUCAAGAAGGUGUAUCUCUUUACCUUCAUACAGCUCAUGUGUUUGGUUGUUCUGGGUAUUAAGUCAACCGAUGCUGCUAUCGUCUUCCCCAUCAUGGUGUUGGGUAUGGUAGUGGUGAGGAAGCUCAUGGACUACGUGUUCACCAAGCAAGAGGUGAUGAUGCUGGAUGAUGUCAUGCCUGAGAUGACCAAGAGAGCCAAGCAUGACCGCAAGAAGAAGCAAGAGGAAGAGGUAGCAGCCUGUGAACAGAUCAAGAACAUUCCAGGCCGCGUCCAAGUACCCCUCUCAGAUGGUAACAUGCUGAGUAUCCCCGUUGAUAAGGUAGAGUUCCAUCCAGAGGUUGCAUGCAUCAACAUUCCUGAGGACAUGGCCAAGACCGGUGUCUGGAAAGCACUGGCUAAGAAUGCUGAGGGCGGUCAAGUCGUCCACAGAAAGCCACAUGGAAAAGAGAAAUCCAGUAGCGGAGGACGUCCUAAUCUGGACCUACCCACAAUCCCUGGCAGCCCUCGGGAAUCGUCGUAUCUCGAGACCCAACGAGGGAGCAUCCAGGAGGUGCGCAUCGAGGUCCCCGAGCAGUUCCGACGCACCCCGUCUCCACCCCCAACCCACAUCGGUACUGAUAACGAAACCUCUGUGUAAGUGCAAGAACGUCUCAACUCCAUCGGUGCGAUGCCGACCGACGCAGCAGUGUCUGGAGAGUGCGCAAGCAGAAGGCUUCAACUACAGUCUAUAUGAUUUUGACUGACUGGUUAAAAAUAUUAUUGUACUUUUUUUUCUUGUAGUGACAUGAAUAUUCAUGAAGUGGAAUGAAUAUUCAUCAAGAUGACCGUAUUAUGGCAGGGAAGAAAGAUGUGUGAUCAUGAGUUUUAGAAAAACUUACUUUGUCAUCAUUUUUGUGUUAUUUUUAAUUUGUAGAGAGAGGUGCGUUCAAACAUACAUACAUGUAUAUUUUUUAUUGAUUGAAAAAAUGCUGAUAUAACCUGUAUUACCUAAUGCUAG